AUGAAGACCGCCAUCGCCCUCACUCUCCUACAGGGCCUUGCCGUCCAGGGGAUUCGCAUCGUUCAGGGCAACGAUGACGGCUGGGCCGAGCUCUACGCACGUUCUUUUCACGAUGCUCUGCGCGCCUCUGGCCACGACGCGGUCCUGUCCUGCCCUGCCGAGGACAAGUCUGGCAGCUCCUCUCGCGAUGAGCCGCCCACCGACCGCAAGGACGCCUGCGAGUACGACUCGUGUCCGCCUAGGUCCGGCCCGGUCGGACACAACGCGACCCGUCUCGACCUCAACUGGGUCAACUCAUUCCCGGUAACGGCCAUCAAGUACGGCAUCGACACGUUCGGUCCGCAGCUGUGGGACGGCGCCGCGCCCGAACUCGCCGUGUCGGGCCCCAACGUCGGCGCCAACAUCUGGCUCGCCGUGCCCUUUUCCGGCACCGUCGGCGCCGCCGCCUACGCCGCCCACACCGCGCGUAUCCCGGCCCUCGCCUUUUCCGGCGCCGACAAUGGCCGCCUCCGCUGGGACACGUAUCCCGUCCCCGAGCCCAGCACCGUCUACGCGCAGCUCGCUGCAAACCUGACCAACACUCUCGUCGCUGCGGGCAGGCCGUACCUGCCGGACGACGUCUUUUUGAACGUAAACUUUCCCGACGUCGACGACGCCUGCCCAAACGCGUCGGCGUUCAAGUGGGUGCUGAGCCGCAUCAACCCGGGUAUCUUCUCGCCCAAGGAUGUGGAAUGGUGCGGUAGCAGCCGGCUGCCCACGGAGCACCACGUCCAUGACCAGAAGGGCUGCUACAUCUCGGUUAGCAUUGGUGACGCCAGCGACAAGACGACAGUCAACGACGUUGCCAAGCAGCAAACUGUGCUGGAAAAGCUCAAGAGCCUGCUCACCUGCCUUCCUUCAACAUUUGCCGACAACGCUGCUUUAUAA